AUGGACAUGGAUAAGGUCGAAGAAUUUCAGGAAAUGUUUAAAAUUCAAAGAGAUUUAGCUGAAGAGAUUCUUCAGCAAUUUGAUUUUGACAUUGAAGCGGCUGCAAAUUUUUUCUUAAGCGGACCCUCUACUGAAGACGCAGAAAUGGUUGAUGUUUCUGCCAAUGAACACACCCCACCAUUGCCGCCUAGAUCACAUAAACGUCUUUCUUUUAUUUUUAAAUUCUUUAUUAAUGACGAUAAGGUGGACACCGUGGACUUUCACCUUGAUAACGUUUUUGAUGAUCGAACAGUUGGAGAUCUUAAGGAUUUAUUGAUUAAUAAAUAUUAUGAUGUAUUAUCUACAUAUGCUUCUAACAUGGGCAUACGUACUGAGGUCGAACAUUUGAGGAAACAUAUUCGUUUUGAGGGAAUGCGAAAUCCUAGCGGUUUUCACGAUAGGGCAACUCUCAAGUCCCUACAUCUUCCCCUCAAUAAUACUUGGACUUGUUACUUUAAGAAGAGAAGUCGGCUAAGACGUCCAAGUUCGGAUGAUUGUACGAGAUCGGAGUUUUAUGAUUUUAAAAUUCGUUUACUUUCAAUUCACUCAAACGGGGAAUCAAAUUCUCACCAUUCAAAGGGUGGUAAUAAACUUAUUCCUCUCCUGGGCAUCACCGAUGUAACUUCACUUGCUGACUUAAGACAUUUGGCUGAACAAGAAGCCAAAGUUCCCUUUUCUAACCUGCGUUGGUCAGCCAAAGCCCCAAAAAAUUCAAAUUUGGAAUCGCUUGUUACUGACCUGAAUCUCGCACACAAGGAUAACACUCUUCAGCGCUACAGGCUCAAAUUGAAUCAAACUUACAUUUUUGAUGUUUCUUCUGCCCCAAUGCCAUCUACGUCUAAUCCUAACGGUAGCUCUCACAAAAGUUCUCGUCCCCUUCGCUCAUCCAAGAAGCCGAUUGUUAUCGACGUCGACGAUACUGAUAUUGCUCGGGAGGACAUUGAGGAAGAAGAUGAUGAUGAUGAUUAUCCUGUCUACGAAAUUUCGGAUGACGACGAACCGGGUUUGAGAGCGGUUGAGGAAUCAGCAAAUCCCCAAAAUUUACCACUCAGUGAGUUCUACUCCAUUUUCACUACCAUUCUUUCUGUGCUACCACUUAUUAUAAAGAAUCACCGCAGUUCUUUUAACGAAAGUUAG